CGGAGAGGACCUGGGAAACAGUGCAGUGCACAGCAGAGGGCAGAGAGCAGAGCGGACCUGCUGCUGAGAAAAGGCCCUCACCAUGGGCGAGUCUCCCGGCUGCUGCUCGGUCUGGGCCCACUGCCUCCACUGCCUGUAUAGCUGCCACUGGAAGAAAUGCCCCAAAGACAGGACACAAACCAACCAGUGCGAAUGCAUCUGGUUUGGCCUGCUCUUCCUCACCUUUCUCCUCUCCCUGGGCUGGCUGUACGUCGUGCUCAUCCUUCUCAAUGACCUGCACAACUUCAAUGAAUUCCUGUUCCAGCACUGGGGACACUGGAUGGACUGGUCCCCGGCAUUCCUGCUGGUCAUCUCUCUACUGGUCACAUACGCAUCCCUGCUCUUGCUCCUGGCCCUGCUCCUGCGGCUCUGUGGCCAGCCUCUGUGCCUGCACACCGCCCACAAGGUGCUGCUGCUCCUCAUUAUACUUCUUGUGGCCGCUGGCCUUGUGGGACUGGAGGUCCAAUGGCGGCAGGAGUGGCAUAGCUUACGUCUGUCACUGCAGGCCACAGCCCCAUUCCUUCAUAUUGGAGCAGUUGCUGGCAUCACUCUCCUGGCCUGGCCUGUGGCUGAUACCUUCUACCGUAUCCACCGAAGAGGUCCCAAGAUUCUGCUACUGCUCCUAUUUUUUGGAGUUGCCCUGGCCAUCUACCUGGUGCCCCUAUUCAUCUCCUCAGCCUGUAUCAUGGAACCCAAAGACUUACCCCCCAAGCCUGAGCUGAUGGGACACCGAGGGGCCCCCAUGCUGGCCCCCGAGAACACCCUGAUGUCCCUGCGGAAGACAGCUGAAUGUGGAGCUGUUGUGUUUGAGACCGACGUGAUGGUCAGCUCCGACGGGAUCCCCUUCCUCAUGCAUGAUGAGCGCCUGACCAGGACCACAGAUGUGGCCUCUGUGUUCCCACACCGAGUCAACAGCCACAGUAGCGACUUCUCCUGGACUGAGCUGAAGAGACUCAAUGCCGGGGCCUGGUUCCUACAGAGGCGACCCUUCUGGGGGGCUAAGCAGCUGUCAGGCCCUGAUCGGAAAGACGCUGAGAAUCAGACAGUGCCAGCCUUGGAAGAACUACUGAAAGAAGCUGAAGCCCGCAACCUUUCUGUCAUGUUUGACCUGCGCCGCCCCCCACGAAACCACACAUACCAUGACACUUUUGUGAACCAGACAUUGGAGACUGUGCUGAGUUCAGGGGUGCCCCAAGCCAUGGUCCUCUGGCUACCGGAUGAAGAUCGGGCUCAUGUCCAACAACGGGCCCCCCAAAUGCGCCAGAUAUAUGGACAUCUGGGAGGCCACAGCACUGAGAGGCCCCAGUUUCUCAACCUCCCCUAUCAAGACCUGCCGCUGUUGGAUAUCAAAGCACUGCACCAAGAUAAUGUCUCGGUGAACCUAUUUGUAGUGAACAAGCCCUGGCUCUUCUCCCUACUCUGGUGUGCAGGGGUGGAUUCGGUCACCACCAAUGACUGCCAGCUGCUGCAGCAGAUGCGUUACCCUGUCUGGCUUAUUCCCCCUCAAACCUACCUAAUGAUGUGGAUCAUUACCAAUUGUGUCUCAAUCCUGCUGCUUUUGUGGACCUUUCUCCUCCAACGGAGAUGUGCUAAGGAGAGAGAGAGAACCGGCUUAGAAACAGCAGUGCUGCUGACCAGGAUCAACGCUUUCAUAAUGGAGUGAAUGUUCUGUCCUCGACCCCCACCAGCCAAAGUCUGAGGCCUGUCUGCAUUGGCCAACAGCAAGGAAGACAGAAUGGCUGAGGUGGAAUGUUGGUGGGGUUGGUGUGGGGUGAAAUUUGCCAACAGGAGGUUUUGAACUAUGAGGGCCUUCUGCCCAGAUGGUGGCAUGCCCCAAGCUUCCAUGGAAUCUGUCCCCCUUGAGAUUUCGACCUGAAGUGGUUAGGAAGACACUGAGUCACAAGAAGUUUCUCCCCAAAUGAAACUAGAACAGAGGAAAAGACAAGGAGAUUGCCAAGAGAAUGUUUCUGAUCUGUGUGCACGUGUUCUUGUGUAGAAGGCACAGGGUGUCAGGGGCGGGACAGCUUGGAACAGUGACUGAAGGAGAUGACAAAACGGCCUUUCCUGGAGAACUAUAAGAUGAUGGAGAUAUCGACCUGGCUUCAUUCACUGUCUCCCCUGACAUAUGCAAUUUAUCUUAUUUCCUGCCUAGAGGCUGGGGGCCAAAGAGCCCAUCUAGCCAUGUGCCUACAGGUGGCUUUUUGCUGUACACAGUCUUUUCUUCAAGACACAUUCGUUCCUGAAUCUUGUCCGUUAAUAGGUUAUUCAAUGAAUUGAAUGCCCAUUUGGCACAGUCUAAUCUUCUCAGCGCUGGGGCUGGGUGGAGGAUGCACCUUCCAUCUAGGGUUGUAUGUGACAUGACAUUGAGGGGUCAUCAUGGGGAGAAUCGUGGGUUGGAGGUGGCAAGAGGUCCACCUGGGGCAAUGAAGGGCUGCAAGUGGGAAGCAGGAGAGCAGCCGCCACAGGGAGCGUUCCGGGUGGCCCAGGCGCGCUGUGCAGACUUGCGCUGUAGCUCCACCUUGUGGUCACCUGCCCCAAGAGGAGGGCCGCGCCGUCGUCACCCGUGACGUAUUUGCUGAAUGCUACCUGUUUCUUGUGCCCAUUGGGGACCUGUGUCCUUGACUCCGUACCCCGAGGGCAUGGUCCGAUUUCCACAAGUUUUCGCUUCUCUGGGCUGCGCGCAGGGUCAGGUUGCCGGGCCCACCUUCCCCUCGAGGAGCAAGUUCCCCGGUAUGUUUGCUGCUCGUGAGUCCCUGGGAUAAACAGUUAAGAUGACCAGCGCGGAGCUGGCCUAGGAUAAGGAGUCUGGUAGAAGUGGGGGAGGGGCUAAGGCAAACACAAGGACAGGAGGGUGCUCUGGCUGACUCCUCAGUCCCCACCGCACCCACAUUCACCCCGGUUCAUGUCUCCACACGAAGGGAAAUCGAACUAAGGGUCUGACGAGGUCAGGAGGUUCGGUUCUCAAUUCCUCCUCUCUCGCCAGCCUGGGACCGGGGGCGGCACUGGCACCUAGGGACAAGACCCUCCUCGGUUGCAGGGCAGGCCCGGGAACUACAACUCCCAGGAUGCCCCACGGCCACUUCCGCUCUC